AUGGGUGCCGAAACUUUGUACCGGAGGGAUACCCCUGGCGCUCGCGGGAGGCAAGAAAAGGCAGCUCCAGUCUUGACCCUUCGAGGAGGUCAACUGGAUGCUGGUACAAGUUCUGCACUUACCAAGAUGAUGCGAGUGCAUCGUUGGGUCGCCUUGACCAUUGGACUUGCCCUGGUAUUGGUACCACGGCGCAUGGAUCUUGGACUACUGUUUCCACGACCCUUGACACACUCGGAAGUCGUCUACUUGAAAGCUUGGGGUUUCUUUGUAUUAUGGCUAGCCUAUGUAGUGCAUCACACAUCCUCCGCUACACUUGAAUUCCAAAAGGUGAUUGCCAAAGGCCUUCUGGGUAUGUUCUCUGGAGAGAUCUUGUUGUACCUCAAUGAAUUUUUUCGAGGAGACAAGGACGAAUUGGCUCUGAAUGCGGCAUACAUUAUAAUAUUUUCAUCCCUGGCCAUAGGGUAUAGCUUUGCGCUCUGGAAGAGCUGA